AUGGAGGAGACAGCAAGACAACUGAAGAUCAAGGUCGGAGUCGUGAAAAGGCUAACCAAGGAGCAUGCCUCCUAUCAGAAAGAGAUCGAUCAGCAGACUGCAAAGAUCGAGAAGAUGACUACAGCAGGAGAUUGCGAGCAUGACAUCAAACAGCAGCAGAGCCAGAACGAAGUGCUCAAGGAGGCGCGGGUGUGCCUGGACGACUCGAAGCGGAGGCUCGGGGCUGCAGUGGAGGAGCUGGGGGCGCUGUUGGAGGAGGCGGGAGACUCGUUGAAGGGAAGCGCGGACUACGAGGAAGCGGAGGGCCUUGUCAAGGCUAACAGAGCAUGA